GACAAAACAAGCCAGUUCAACUCCAGGCAGGCGAAGGGAUGAUUGCAGCUGCUGAGCAGAGGCACAAAAACUUGUGCUGCGGAGUCCUGCUCACACAGGGGAAGGAGGACGACUCAAGAGUGGAUUCAUAAGUUGGAGAUCCAGUGGGGUGAAAAGAAGGAGAAAGAGAAGAGGAUCCCAAAAGUUUUCUGUCAAUUGUUUUCUGUCACAGAAAGUGCUGGGAAGCAACACGUGACUGCCCGCACAUUCAUACCCUCUCAGCAUGGACCGGGACAGUCACAGCGAGGAUACUCUGUCCACCAUGGUGCUGGAGAACAUUAAAAACAAACUCAUUCAUGCCUUCAGAGCGACAGAGGAGUCCAGAGAAGAUCCUCAACACUCGGGAUCCACUGUCAGACCAGUCAGCAUCGGCAGAAGUUACCAAGCCAACGAGGAGCUGAGGAGGGCGCAGAUAGAUGGAGCGAUAACCUGGCUGAGGUCUGAACUGCUGGAAAUGCGCUCACAGGACCUCCAGCUGGCUCAGACACUGCUGGGGCUCAACACAGAGAUCCAAAGACUGAGGAGGGAGAGUUACGGAGGUGUGGAAGUAGAGGGGGAGGAUCAGCAGUAACCGGCCCCAGCAGAGAACCCCUUCUCUGGGGAAGACCUAAGAGUGACUAGAGGAAGAGCAGGUAGAAAAAAAAUAAAUGCUCUUACUGGAAACCAUGGGUGGACAAGGAAAUAGUUCUGAUGCAGCUGAAAACCUCAUUGUAAUAAAAUGUGUCAUGGUACAAAAUAGACACCAGUUGCAUGUAAAGUAGUCCGGGUAGAGGAAUAAAGAAGGAUAAAAGGUGCCUGGUUUUGUGUGACGCUGGCACGUUUAAACUAGAUUUUUUUUUUUUUUGCACUUUUGCAGAGGUGUGCCAGAGAAAGCUGUUUGUACAUGUUUUGUUUCUGCGUGAGAUGGGGAACAAGACGUUUUGAAUGUAAAGAUGGAAUCAAAAAACAUUUUUAUGUUGAGGACAAAAAAUAAAGAGUGCAACCACUA